GCACUGGGAACAGGAACAGCAUUCCUGUCAUUCAGGAUACACAGUACUCCGGACAUCAUGCCUCUGGGAUCUAGCUGUGGGAAACUUUGAGGGGGAGUGUUCAAAGGUGGAGCUUAGAUCUAAGCUUGUGGGACAGGACCGUAAGACAGGACAUGAGUGCUGAGCAGAGGUGCAUGUCUAAUGGUUCAAUAUUCUCUUUCUCCAAUGGGAAACACUUUCACAAUGGAUUGGAUUUCAUCACAACACACGGACUUCAACUUAAUGUGUGCUGGAGGACUCUGAGUGAAGUUUGCAAUACACAGAGUUCAUGAGAAUGUUGUCUGGAGUUUAUCUGCACUGAAACCAGAUUCAAGAGGACGUGUUCUCAGUGCUGCAGAGAUACCUGGUUGUUGGUGGGCUUCAGAGGGGAAACUAGCACCAUGGCAGGGGUCACGAGAAAGGGAUCUGGGAGACCCUCGUACUACUACAGAUUCCUGGGCAAGUCUCGACUGCAGCGUCAGCGAAGCCGGUCCCGCAGCCGCACCAGGCUGUCUACCAGCAGGGAGUCUCCUCCAGAGAGGUCAGGACGCCGACGCAGCAUGCCCGGCAGCUCCUCAGACAAGAACCCCCCCACCAUGGAGGCUACGUCCACUGCUGCCACGCCUUUCAGAGUCACCGGCUUCCUCAGUCGCCGGCUGAAGGGCUCCAUAAAACGCACCAAGAGUCAACCCAAACUGGACCGAAACUCCAGCUUCAGACACAUCCUGCCUGGCUUCAGGAGCGUUGACAAUGACAGAUCGCAUCUGAUGCCCAGGCUGAAGGAGUCUCGCUCCCAUGAGUCAUUGCUCAGCCCCAGUAGCGCUGUGGAAGCCCUGGACAUAAGCAUGGAGGACGAGGUCGCCAUCAAGCCUGUUCACAGCAGCAUCCUCGGGCAGGACUACUGCUUUGAGGUCACCACCUCCACAGGAACCAAAUGUUUUUCCUGCCGAUCAUCCGCAGAGAGAGACAAAUGGAUGGAGAAUCUGAGGAGAGCGGUGCAACCCAACAAGGACAAUAGUCGUCGGGUGGAGAACUUGUUAAAGCUGUGGAUCAUCGAGGCCAAGGACCUGCCUGCCAAAAAGAAAUACUUCUGCGAGCUUUGUCUCGACGACUCUCUCUACGCCCGCACCACCUGCAAACUCAAGACUGACAAUGUUUUCUGGGGCGAGCACUUUGAGUUCAACAACCUGCCCGCUGUCAAGAGCAUCACAGCCCACCUGUACAAAGACACAGACAAGAAGAAAAAGAAAGAUAAAAACAAUUACAUUGGACUCGUCAAUAUCCCCAUCGCCGCGGUUACCGGGCGACAGUUUAUGGAGAAAUGGUAUCAGGUCAGCCUGCCAAACCCACCUAAGGGAAAGACCUCCGGGCCUAUGAUCAGGAUCAAGGCCCGCUAUCAGAGUAUGAACAUCCUUCCCAUGGAGAUGUACAAGGAGUUUGCAGAGUACACCACCAACAACUACAUGCUGCUGUGCUCCGUGCUCGAGCCUGGGAUUAGCGUGAAGAACAAGGAGGAGAUGGCGUGUGCGCUGGUGCACAUCCUGCAGAGCACCGGCAAGGCUAAGGACUUCCUCACUGACUUGAUGAUGUCGGAGGUGGAUCGCUGCGGGGAGAACGAGCACCUCAUCUUCAGAGAGAACACACUCGCGACCAAGGCCAUCGAGGAAUACCUGAAACUGGUGGGACAGAAGUACCUGCAGGACGCCCUGGGUGAGUUCAUCAAGGCUCUGUAUGAGUCAGAUGAGAACUGUGAGGUGGAUCCGUCCAGAUGUUCCUCAGGCGACCUGCAGGAGCACCAGAGUAACCUGAAGAUGUGCUGCGAGCUGGCCUUCUGCAAAAUCAUCAACUCAUACUGUGUAUUUCCAAGGGAGCUGAAAGAAGUUUUUGCGUCGUGGCGUCAGGAGUGCAGCAACAGGGGUCGCCCAGACAUCAGCGAGCGUCUGAUCAGCGCCUCCUUGUUUCUGCGGUUCCUCUGUCCCGCCAUCAUGUCCCCCUCGCUGUUCAAUCUGAUGCAGGAGUAUCCAGACGACCGCACAGCACGCACGCUCACACUCAUCGCUAAAGUCACACAAAACCUGGCCAACUUCACCAAAUUUGGUAACAAGGAAGAGUACAUGUCCUUCAUGAACCAGUUCCUGGAGCACGAGUGGACCAACAUGCAGCGCUUCCUGCUGGAAAUCUCAAACCCAGAGACCAUCUCCAACACGGCGGGCUUCGAGGGGUACAUCGACCUGGGCAGGGAGCUCUCCACCCUGCACUCCCUCCUCUCUGAGGUGGUGUUCCAGAUGGACCAGAGCGUAGCCUCCAAGCUGGGUCCUCUGCCCAGGAUCCUGCGGGAGGUCAACUCGGCUCUGUCCAACCCGUCCUGCGUCCAGAUGAGCCCGGACCCUCCUCAGAGCUCUCAGGCUCGCCCCCCCCCUGAGGCCGGCUGCAGCAUCUCCACCGGCCUGCAGAAGAUGGUCAUAGACAACGAGCUUUCAGGAUUAGUAGACUUCACCCGGUUACCCUCCCCCACCCCGGAGAAUAAGGACCUGUUCUUUGUGACACGGAGCUCAGGGAUCCAGCCCUCCCCAGCACGCAGCUCCAGCUACUCCGAGACCAAUGAACCCGACCUGGGCAUGGCCAACGGCAGCAAGAGCCUGUCCAUGGUGGACCUCCAGGACCCCCGCAGUCUGGAGGGGGUUCCAGGUCCCAGCUCCUCGGAGGCCCUGAGUGAAGGUGUAAGCUCUUUGGGGGUGUGGUCAGCCAGAGUCCCACAAGGAAACAUCCCGGGGGGUCCCACUCUGAGGAGGUCAGGCCAGACCCCCCCCACCCUGGCAACAGAGAGCACCCCCGGCCGACCCGCCCAGCUCCUAGCCCCCCUCUCCUUCCAGAACCCUGUGUACCAGAUGGCGGCCUGCCUACCUGUGUCCCCCCGCGGGAUGAACGACUCGGGAUCAGAGUGCCAAAGCUCUGUCAGUUCCCAUAGCAACAACGAGGAUGGGCCGGCGGGAGGGAAGCACUCCUUCUUGAACCACGGUGGAGGAGGUGGAGGAGGGGGAGGAGGGGGGGGGAGCAGCGGGGACGAGUACACCCGGCGCUCGGGGGAGUUUAACCGUCGACAGCUGUCCCUCACAGAGCAGCAGCACCAGCCCACCGUGCCCAGACAGAACAGCGCCGGCCCCCAGCGGAGGAUAGACCAGCCCCCGCCUCAGAGCAUCACUCGGGGCCGCACCCCCCCGAACCUCCUCACCAGUGGACCCUACCCCCGGCCCACCUCUGGAAACAUGAUGACCAACUCACCGGACUGGCCCGGCAACGGGGCGCGGUUACGGCAGCAGUCCUCUUCCUCUAAAGGGGACAGUCCGGAGACCAAGCAGAGGGGGCCACACAAACAGGCCCCCUCCCCAGUGAACCCCAGUGCGCUGGACCGCACAGCAGCCUGGCUUUUGAAUAUGAAUGUGCAGUUUUUAGACCAUGAGGGGAUGGAGCCCGAGUCACUGAGAAACAGAGAGGAUCUGACUCAGGUGGAGAAGUACCAGCAGGAGAUCCUGGUGCUGCAGGAGAAGCUGCGGGCCUCGGUGCAGAAGCUGGAGGAGUACGAGGCCCGUCUGAAGGGCCAGGACGAGCAGGCCCAGAAGGUCCUGAUGGAGUACCAGGCCCGGCUGGAGGAGUCCGAGGAGCGCCUGCGCAGACAGCAGGACGACAAGGACCUGCAGAUGAAGGGCAUCAUCAGCAGGUUGAUGUCGGUGGAAGAGGAGCUGAAGAAGGAUCACUCAGACAUGCAGGCCGUGGUGGACUCUAAACAGAAGAUCAUCGACGCACAGGAGAAGCGCAUAGCCUCGCUGGAUGCAGCUAACGCCCGUCUGAUGUCCGCCCUCACGCAGCUGAAGGAGCGCUACAGCAUGCAGACCCGCAACGGCAUCUCCCCCACCAACCCCUCCAAACUGCAGAUCACUGAGAACGGAGAGUUCCGGAACAGCAGCAACUGUUAGAGCCUUCCUCUGCCCUGUGGAGUGUGUACAGUUAUUCAGAGAGAGGACGUGUGCAUGCAUGCAUAUGGCUGCAUGUCGGUUUGAAAGACUGCGAGAGUGUAUGUGUUUUUAGAAAGCGGACAUAUUACUUUUGGAGGAUAUUUCAGCUUUUUGGGCAGCAUUGGAGAGGGUGCCAAGUAACGCACAGAUCCCUCGAGAAGACCACCAGACGGGCCUUCGUUAGGAGGGGCGGGCCGAGGGGGCGGGGCAGAGUUUGUACAUAGAAAACUCAAAGCUGUCCAUCUGUCAAACACUUCUCCAGAGGAUGGAAGGGACGUUCAAGACCCUGCCUCCGCGUGGGACGAACCACUAUUUAACCACUCACAGUGACGACCGCCUCUCACGGUCACCUUUGCAACCCUCCUUUCCUCCUCUCAUUCUGUUUUUCCCUCUUGACAACCGAGUGGACCCGCUUCAAAAACAUGAACACGCAUUGAGGACUAUCGUUGUCUGGAGAGGAUUACCUUCCAGUUAAAGUCAUUGUUUAUAAAGAACCAAAUAGGUGCGCAAAAAAAAUAGAUAUUUUUAGUCAAAAAAAGUAUCUUUAUGUCCCUUUUCUCUCUCCUUGGUGUGUUCCUGAGUGUC